AUGGCGGCCCCGGAGCCGGCGCCGAGGCGGGGCCGGGAGCGGGAGCGGGAGGACGAGAGCGAGGACGAGAGCGACAUCCUGGAGGAGAGCCCGUGCGGGCGCUGGCAGAAGCGGCGGGAGCAGGUGAACCAGGGGAACAUGCCGGGGGUGCAGAGCACCUUCCUGGCCAUGGACACGGAGGAGGGGGUGGAGGUGGUGUGGAACGAGCUGCACUUUGGAGACAGGAAGGCCUUCGCUGCCCAUGAGGAGAAGAUCCAGACCAUGUUCGAGCAGCUGGCCCUGGUGGACCACCCCAACAUCGUCAAGCUGCACAAGUACUGGCUGGACGCGUCCGAGGCCCGGGCACGGGUCAUCUUCAUCACAGAGUACGUGUCCUCGGGCAGCCUCAAGCAGUUCCUCAAAAAGACCAAGAAGAACCACAAGGCCAUGAACGCCCGGGCCUGGAAGCGCUGGUGCACGCAGAUCCUGUCUGCGCUCAGCUUUCUGCACGCGUGCAGCCCCCCCAUCAUCCACGGCAACCUGACCAGCGACACCGUCUUCAUCCAGCACAACGGCCUCAUCAAGAUCGGCUCGGUAUGGCACCGAAUCUUCUCCAACGCGCUCCCCGACGAUCUCCGGAGCCCCAUCCUGGCGGAGCGGGAGGAGCAGCGGAACCUGCACUUUUUCCCCCCGGAGUAUGGCGAGGUGGCCGACGGGACGGCGGUGGACAUCUUCUCCUUCGGGAUGUGUGCGCUGGAGAUGGCCGUGCUGGAGAUUCAGGCCAACGGGGACACCCGAGUCACGGAGGAGGCCAUCGCUCGUGCCAGGCACUCCCUGGGCGACCCCAACAUGCGGGAGUUCAUCCUCUCCUGCCUGGCCCGCGACCCCGCGCACCGGCCCUCUGCCCACAACCUGCUCUUCCACCGCGUGCUCUUCGAGGUGCACUCGCUCAAGCUGCUGGCGGCACACUGCUUCAUCCAGCACCAGUACCUCAUGCCUGAGAACGUGGUGGAGGAGAAGACCAAGGCCAUGGACCUGCAUGCCGCCGCCUGCCCGCUGCCCGCCCGCCGCCCGCCCGCUAGCCACCUGCUCUUCCGCCCGUGCAGGUACUCGGAGGUCUCCUUCCUGGAGCUGGACAAGUUCCUGGAGGAUGUCAGGAAUGGGAUCUACCCACUGAUGAACUUCGCGGACGCUCGGCCCCUGGGGCUGCCCCGGGCGCUGGCCCCACCCCCUGAGGAGGCCCAGAAGGCCAAGACCCCCACACCCGAGCCCUUCGACUCGGAGACCAGAAAGGUCAUUCACAUGCAGUGCAGCUUGGAGCGCGGCGAGGACAAGGCACGCUGGCAUCUCACCCUGCUCCUGGUGCUGGAGGACCGGCUGCACCGGCAGCUCAGCUACGACCUGCUCCCAACUGACAGCGCCCAGGACCUGGCUGCAGAGUUGGUCCACUACGGUUUCGUCCACGAGGAUGACCGGACAAAGCUGGCAGCCUUCCUGGAGAGCACCUUCCUCAAGCACCGUGGGACUCAGCCCUGAUGGCACCGCAGUCCCAGGACGGCCUGGUCCGUGGGGAAGCUCCGCCGUGGCUCUGGGGCGGCCCAGAGGCCCCCUCUGCCAGUGUGCCUGGGGGCUGAAGACCAAACCCCUGGAGAGGCACUGGGGUGGUCGGGCGUGGCUGGGCACAGCGCCCCUGCCUGCAGCUCAGGACUGCCCACCUGCCCGCACGCACCCAUGGGCUCCGUCGCCCUCCCAGAGCCCCUCCCCAGCUGCUGUGCAGCUGUCUGGGGGUAGCCGAGCCCUCGGCGGGUGGCCUACAGGCAAAUCAGUGCGGAGGACAGGCCAGCUCCAGACAGGCAUCCACCCAGGGGUCCACCUACCCCCACUUGGUACCACAGACCCAGCCUGGGGCAAAGUGCCUGCAGGUGCCACACUGGGUGCUGGGUGUGGGGCAGGCCCACAGUCUGGCAGGAGAAGCAAACCGGAGCAGACACACCCCAGGAAGCCAGGAGCCCAGCUCAUUGUGACCCUUGUACCUCUCAUGCAGGCCUGCCCCUACCUUCCACCCACACCCCACUUCUGGACACUCCUGGCCCCUGUGGCCAGAGCUAUUUUUGCUCUUGGUGACCCCAGCCUGGAGGCAUUGGGCUCUGCCUCCCUCCUGGUGCUGUGGCCAUCAGUUCAGCGCCUCCCGCUCUCCUCCCUGACCACUGUCCUCCAGCUCUGGGACCACCUCCCUUCCAGCUUCAGGUUCAGUGCCCCUUUCAACCUCGUAAAUUGCAUGUAUGAACUUCGUGCAUUCAGGCUUCUUUUUAAGCAUUUCAAAUAUCAGCAGGAGCGCGCACUGCCGUGAACAUCUACCACCAACUUCACGGCUUAAGACCCACAAAACCCUGAAUGCUCGGGAGAUUGCCUGGCUAUCUAGUGAUGGGUUUUUUGCACCUGUCUGGGGCUCCAGGGCGAAACUUCCUCCUGCUCAUUUGGGCGCUUGGCCUACAGGGGCUGGUCCCUCUUGCAGCCUGCAGACAUCUUGCUGUCCUUGGCCUCCAGGCCCUGCCUCGGUCCUCAGCUUGGGACCACAUCCUCCCUCCUGGGGCAGCUCAGAGAGUGGGUUUCUUCUGGGCCACCUGUCAGGUCUGCAGCCAGGAACACUGAUGUGAUUGUGUGGGGUGCCCCCCUCGAUGUCCUUAAUCCUCUCUGAAGAAUACCCUUCUUCUUACCCAUGGAAAGUAAUGCUUGGGUCCCAGGGGUUGUGGUGUGGCGGUUGUCUUUGGGAGGUGACAUCGUCCCAUCUGCCACACCACUCUCACCCAGACACACAAAGGCAGAGCAAGUGUGAUGGCAGAUGUAGCAAACCUUAAGCAUUCCAGUAUCUUUCCAAAGUUAUUCAAAUUCUCAUAGCUUUCAACUGAAAAUUAUAGGCCUGAAGUAAUUUGCACAUUCUGGUUGGGAAUUCUGAUUCUAAAUUGUUUGGUUCUGCAGCAUCUUUGAGAGUUUGAAUGGCAAGUGCCUGACAGAUUGUAUCAUAAUUAAACUACAGAGCAUUACUGCCGAUGCUUCAUUCACUCAUACCUAGGUUGAGGAUUGCAUCUUAGCCUCUGUCUUUUCAAAGAUUAAACUUAUUACUCUAAAGGUGG